AAUGUUUGUACUUUCGUUGGGUAAAUGGUUUGGCCAUUUUGCUGUUAAACGGAGAGAAGAAGCGGCAAAUCGAGAAAAACAAGCUUUAUUAGAAAAAGAGGAAAAUUUAAAUAAAAAUAAUCAACAAUUUUCUCCCGUUAAUUUUGAAUUUAAUUCGAGAAAAGUUUUAAAAGAAAAUUUUGAUAAAGAAAUUAAGGAAGAGGAAAAUGUGGAAGAUGAAUCAGAAUAUGAAGAAGUGACAGAUAACGAUGAAGAGGAGGGGGAAGAGGAAGUAACAGAUGAGGAAAGUUCAAUUUCCUCAGCUUUUGCCGAAUUUAAAAUUGGAGGGAAUGGAAGUAUUUUAAAUGAAAAUGGAAUGAAUGGGGAAGAUACUGAUGAUGAUGAAUAUGAGACUAGUGUAGAAGAAAUAAUACAGUUGAGGGUUGAAAAGUAUCCUGUCAAAUCGCCAAUAGAAGAGGCUAAUAAUAACAAUAACAACAAGAAAAAUAUAUCCUCCACUUCAAAUUCACCAUUAGACCACACUCAGCCACAAGCAGUUGGUGCUACCGUCAAAGCGGUCAUUCGUACCAUUCUACGGAGUGGGACUGAAUUGGCAAGAAUUAAACUAAAUAAUCUGGCUGAGUUUAGAAAAAAUGAGGUAAAUUUAAUUAAUAUAGGAAAUGAUUGA